CCAUCUUGAAAACACUAGCAGCUCUUUAGGGGUAAAGUCCGUUAGCUUAGUAGGCUGAGAGCGUCGUACUCGCCUGUACUGCUUCCAGUCUGUCUAAAACGUUUUUAGAUAACAUUCUUUAAACGUUCAGUCCAUUUAGUAUAGUGAAAACAACGACUGUUAUGGCCAACCGAAAUCUUAAGCAGGUUAACAUACAGAACAGCGCACCCUCUCCCAGACCCCAAAACGCGAGUCGCAAUUCGGAGUCUCCGGCCGCCGAGCACGGGCAAAAGAUGGAGGGAGCGACGACGUCGGCUGCGGAGCCCGUUUCGGAGCCAGGCGUUGGUGAGCCGCUGGAGAUGACGCUGGAUUUGAAAAGCUUUCGGAGACCCGGGGAGAAAACGUUCACCCAGCGCUGCAGGUUGUUCGUGGGUAACCUACCCACUGAUUUAACGGAGGAGGACUUCAAAAAGCUUUUCGCGAAAUAUGGCGAAGCCAACGAAGUGUUCAUCAACCGGGAUCGAGGAUUCGGAUUUAUUCGGCUGGAAACAAGGACACUGGCCGAGAUAGCAAAGGCUGAGCUGGACGGGACCCUCAUGAGGAACCGGCCCAUCCGCAUCCGGUUUGCCACUCACGGUGCCGCUCUGACCGUGCGGAACCUCUCCCCAGUGGUCUCCAACGAACUGCUGGAGCAGGCCUUCUCUCAGUUUGGGCCAGUGGAAAGGGCCAUCGUCGUCGUAGAUGACAGAGGUAGACCAACGGGCAAAGGCUUUGUGGAGUUUGCCUCUAAACCUGCCGCCCGCAAGGCCUUGGAUCGAUGCGCAGAGGGGGCCUUUCUGCUGACCACGUCACCCCGUCCUGCUGUGGUUGAGCCGACAGAACAAUUUGAUGAUGAAGACGGCCUUCCUGAAAAACUGUUGCAGAAAACUGCACAAUAUCACAAGGAGAGGGAGCAGCCCCCACGCUUUGCCCAGCCUGGGACCUUUGAGUUUGAGUACUCAUCUCGCUGGAAGGCCCUGGAUGAGAUGGAGAAGCAGCAGCGUGAGCAAGUGGACCGCAACAUCCGCGAGGCCAAAGAGAAACUGGAGGCCGAGAUGGAGGCAGCUCGACACGAGCACCAGCUCAUGAUGAUGAGACAAGAUCUAAUGAGGAGGCAGGAGGAACUUAGACGUUUGGAGGAACUGAGGAACCAGGAAUUACAGAAACGCAAGCAGAUAGAAAUGAGACACGAGGAGGAGCGGCGGCGGCGUGAGGAGGAGAUGAUGCGCCAUCGCGAGCAGGAGGAGAUGAGACGCCAGCCUGACGGCUUCAAGCCCAGCUACAUAGACAGCAGAGAGCAGGAUAUGAGAAUGGGUGAUAUUGGUCCACGCGGAGCAAUAAAUAUGGGAGAUGCGUAUAACCCAGCCACUGCUGGGGCUAGCCAGGGGCCCCCUCAAAUGAUGGGCAUGAACAUGACCAGCCGCGGUGGAGCCAUGGGGCCUGAGGGAGCAGCAAACAUGGGGACGCCAAUGAUGCCGGAUAACGGAGCCAUGCGCAGCGAUAGAUUCCCCCAGGGCGGCGGUCCCCCGCAGAUGGGCUCCCCCAUGGGCGGCCGGCCUGGAGUGGAGCCCCCGCAGCAGCAGCCCAUGGCAGGGGCAGUGCCGGUGGGCGUGGGUGCUGGUGGGCCUGGGGGUUUUGGGAGAGGAAACCAAGGCGGGGCGAACUUUGACGGGCCCAACAACAAACGCCGCAGAUAUUGAGCUACAGAGGCCUGUCCCAAGCAUUCCUGCCUUCCCUUAUGUGCACAGAACACCCUCUCUCCACAUUUUACAUCUCAUUUUACAGUUUUUAUUUUCACAUA